CUUCAACAUGUUCGACCGAAUUGUUGUGGAUUUUGGGCAUAACCGACAACUUUGGCUGUCGUUGUUCAUUAUUCCCCACUUUUCCUCGCUUUCCCUAUUUUCUUCUGUUUUUCCUUUUUUCUCCGGCGAGGUUAGCUUUCGCCGUUCGUGCUGCACUGAGUAGCUGACCGGCGCACGUCCUGUUCUCCAGGUCCCCACGCCAGUGACGAUCUGUGCUCCAAAACCAAACUCCACCGACUCCACAUCACAACAUCGGCACCUUGCCUGAAAUCGGCACACCGUCCACGGCUAACAUGGAAAUAGCUACUCUGCCUCCGAACACAAUUGUACCAGAAGUUCUUGGAGAAUAUAAUUAUGAAAGGUGGAGCAUUUCAAUAGAACACUACUUAGCGGCUCAAGACGUUUGGGAUGUUAUUGAACCAAUCCCGACAACUGAAGAAAUAUAUGAGGAGAGGGUGUGGAAUAAAAAGAAUGCUUUAGCUCUACAUGCCAUUAAGAUUUCAUGUGGUGCAAAGGCGUUUGAUCUAAUAAAGAAAAAAAAGUCAGCCAGAGAUGCUUGGAAGGCAUUACAUGAUAUGUCGAAUGUCUCAGUCUAUGAUUACAUCCCCAGGCGCCACGAAUUUGUUCGUUCGGACACGACCACGGAGCUGGAAAUAGAGCUGCAAGGUAUUUUGCAUGAGUCCAUUUGUAAAGGGAGUAAAAGGAGAGUAGAGCGAGUCGUCUACCGCUUGCUGGAUAUAAGAGCUGAUAGGAAAAUAUUAAAGCCUGCCCUUCAUGCUGCAAUUACCGCUGGCCAGGAGGACAUAGCAUGCUUCCUCUACCGAGAGACUCCUUCAGAAUUUUUACAUAGAGACUAUGGCUUUAUUCUUCUUGAAGAGUGUGUAACUAAGAAAAUGUUCAAAAUUGCAUGGGAUUUACUCAACCAUUUUCCACACUGGGCAACUAAAGAAUCCUCUGAGGGUUAUAUGCCAAUCAUUUUAAGAGUUGCUAAAACACCACCUCCAUUCCACAGAAGAAGCAUAGAAGUAAAUGUAGAAUUAAUCAAUCCAAGCGAUGCAGCUCAUGAUGCCUCAGGAGAAGAACGCUCGUGUUAUCAAUCUUGUCUUCAAUUCCUAAAGGCACUACGACGCAAGUUGGUUACACCUCUUUUAAAGAUCCUUGAUGUGUGUGCUCGUAAGGUUGUAAGUUUCUUAUGUGAGAAAUUGCGAGGUUUACAACAGGACCAAGUUUUGCAAAAUAGAGCAGAGGAAGCUAUCUAUGAGGCUAUUAAGAAUGGAAUCCCAGAUAUUGUGAUUGAAAUUGAACCCACUAAAAAUCUAUUGUGGGCCAGCGCUAGCACUCGUUAUGAAGUUUUAAAAACCAUGGUUGCAUAUGCUAUAGAACAUCGUCAAGAGGAAGUGGCAAAAUAUCUUUAUAAAUAUAGGGCAGAUAUAUUUUCUGACAUUGAUGAAGAUGGAAACAAUAACUUACAUCUAGCAGCAAAGUUAGCGCCUCAUUUUCAACUAGAUCGCAUCUCUGGUGCAGCUUUGCAGUUGCAAAGUGAAUUACGCUGGUUUAAGUCGGUGGAAGCAAUUGUUCCACGGUUCUACACUGAACAGAAAAAUAAAAAUGGUGAAACUCCUUGCCAAGUGUUUGUUAAAGAACACAAGAACUUGUUAAAAGAAGCUGAAGAAUGGAUGAAGAGAACUGCUGAAUCUUCUACAGUCGUAGGUGCUCUUAUUAUCACUAUUAUGUUUGCUGCGGCUUUUACAGUUCCAGGUGGGAACGAUCAAAAUACAGGCUUCCCCGUAUUUUUGAACACAACGGCACCGGCAGAAUCUUUUACGGUUACACCGUUUAAGGUAUUCAUAGUAUCAGACGCAAUUUCCCUUUUUACUGCAUCCAGUUCAGUGUUCAUGUUUUUGGGGAUUCUCACUUCACGUUACACUUAUGAAGAUUUUCUUAUAUCCUUGCCGAUGAAGUUGAUUGUCGGUAUUUCUUCACUCUUCAUCUCUAUUGCAACAUUGACAGUAGCAUUUUGUGCUACUCUUUACGUGAUGCUACGAGGUCAAGGGAAGGAAGUCAUUCUAAUAACUGUGCUUGCUGGUAUUCCUAUCAUGUCCUUUGCGUUGUUGCAGUUUCGUCUUCUUGUUGAGAUUAUUGCUUCAACUCUUAGGCCAGCCAUCUUUGUUAGAAAAACUGCAACAGCACAGUUGGUUGAAUGGCUGGGCGAUAAUAUUCCCAUCCUUCCAUUUGUGGUAAAAAUCUGGGUGCGGAUGUACCGACUUUAUAUGAGAAGCUGAAACGGAUAGUCAUGGUUAAGUGUAUUUUUUGUGUUUUAGCUAUGUGGAGCAAUUAAACGACUCUAGUCUAUAUAUUUUCUAGUUGGAAUAAAUACUUGGUGGAUCG